AUGCAAUUCAAGAACUUCGGUAUAUUAGCAUUUGUUGUUGCACUCUGUUUAGGGCUGCAUUUCGAUCUACCAGCGUCCCAGACGCCCGAACAAGUGUGUAUUCGUGAUUUCGUUUCCGAAGGACAACUCGUGGUAGUAAACAUAGCGACGGAUGGAUCAGUUGGUGAUGGCCAAGUAUUGAAUCUGGUUAUUCGCGACAGUGUAGGAAACGAACACAGACGCAAGAAGGAUCUUGCUGGAGAAGUUCGCGUCGCUUUCACGGCACCUUCGUCGGCCGCUUUUGACGUGUGUCUCGAAAACCAAUUGCAAAUUAAAGGUAGAUCCUUGUCGAGAUCUGUGGAGCUCGACAUCGAGUCUGGGUCGCAAGCGCGUGACUGGAACAUGAUCCAGGCUACAGAGAAGUUGAAGCCAAUUGAAGUGGAAUUACGCAGAAUCGAGGAAUUGACCGACGAAAUUGUCGACGAACUCAACUAUUUGAAAGCCAGAGAAGAGCGUUUGAGAGACACCAACGAAUCCACCAACAGAAGAGUACGUAACUUCUCGAUUCUGGUCAUUGUCGUCUUGGUCAGCUUAGGAGCCUGGCAGAUCAAUUACUUGCGCAACUACUUCAAGGCCAAGCAUAUCAUCUAA